UUUCCCUUUAAACAUUUUUUAAGUUUAUUAAUACAAUCGAAAAAGAAAAAAUUGAUUUUUAUUAAUUGACUCCCAAAGAUUUGUUCCUCCGAACGGUGUUGUCAUGGUUUUUACUUUAACUUUGCUCAUUUGCACGCAUGCAUGCAGUACAUGAUUGUACUCUUUUUACUUUUCCUCAUACAAUUCUCAAUUGCCAGCUCUUGUUUAGCGGUGAAUUCGGAACAACAACAAGAAUUCGCCGAAGAAGGAUGGAAUCGCUUUCCCGAUUCUAUGCGUAAAGAGGUGCAGGAUACAUUUCUGUGCUGCGGCUUCAAUUUGACCAGCGUAUCGAGCAACGAUCCUUCUUGCGAAUUAAUUCAGAAAGAGUGCUGCUCUGGCAUAGCUGGAAAUUGUCAGUGUCCACCUUGCUUGUACAAAUUAGAAGAUAAAAUUAAUUACGCCUUCAAAUUGUGCGGCGGCCUGGGUAUAUUCUUCAGUUUUACUGAGUUUAUUGGUGUUUGGCUAACAGUACGUUACCGUAAUCAAAAAGAUCCUCGUGGUUUGCCCAGCGCUUUUCUUUAAAUUUUCAUUUUUCUCAUAUAUUGAUUAUAACUUCUUUAAAAGAAAACGUUUUGUUUUUCUUUUUG